UGGUUUAUAUGUCAUAUCUUACUAUUUAGUUCGACACUCGCAAUGCUAGCAUGGUUUAGCACUGGGAUUGUCUUACCUGGCUAAAUGUUGUGGUCGAUGGUAUCAAUGGUUUGCGGGAUGGCGCGAUCAGUUCCGCGGUGGAAAACGCCCCAGAUUUUUUUCUACCAACUCACACAAAGAAGACAUACACAUUAUCAUGCAGCUGGGUCCGCUCGCCAUACCGCUGGUCGAUGGUAACUUGGAGAGAUCUCCUUGCUUUGCCUUGUCGAUGUGACUGUGAUAUACUCACCCGUCCAUUUGAGCCUGAUAGUUGUGAUUCCUGACAGCCAACCUUACAUCACCUUGAAAUCCCGAGCCGUCCCCUAGGAUAAAAACCGCCCCGGGCCCUGCUUUGCAUCUGCCACGUCUCAUUGACAUUUCCAAAAACACUGUACCUUUAAACCCGAGUAAUCAUCCUCUCUGCCCUCUUAGUAGGCCUAGCAUUUCGGGGACUAUUCCGCCAACACCCCUAGUAUGGCCGUAGACCAAGUGCUACCACACCUUGCGGAUAUAUCCUCCAAUAUUCCUCGGGGGAAGGAACUGCUAGAGGUUUCGACGCAAGAGAUUGCGACACCUCUGAGCGAUAGCGCCGACGGAUUCAUACGCGACGGGCAUUUCCUAGUCCAGUCGCCAUACACCGAGCAGGAGCACUUGCUCGACCUAAGAACUCUCGACGAGGAAAAUGCGUUACUCGCUCAAGCGCUCACUCGCAUGAGGAGCCUGCGGCCAGACUAUGCCACCGCGCCCUACGCCGAAACAUUUAACUGGAAUGAGAUCAUCGAGGAAUUAACGCGACUCGUGCGAGAACGCGGCCACAGGUGGAAGGAAACUUCCUUCUUCGUCGUAGCUUUCCGGUCGCAGAUUCCGCCGACAACUGUGUACGAGGAUCUGGGGGCCUUGGAUAAAGUAGCGCACGCGGAGGCGAUAGCCAGUGGCGGCUUUCUCAAAUAUUGGUUCGGACAUCCUGAUAAGGACGGCAGAAACCUUGCGACCUGCGUGUGGAGGUCGCAGGAAGAAGCAGUCCAGGGAGGAGCCGGACGUGGACAUCGCAAGGCCGCGGCGGCCACCCGGUCGUUGUACUCGCAUUGGAAAAUUGACCGGCAUAGGCUUAUCGUCCGGGAUGACGUGAAAAGCUGGGAGAUUAUUGACUGGGAAUGAGGACGUAGGGUUACACUAGACUGCACGGUGAUCGCCCGGCAUGUUCGUCCUCAUGUGCCUGAGAGGUGACCGUGUUUGGCGAAUGGGAGCAGUCCGCGCGUUUGUUUUUUUUGCUUGUGAUUUUCCAGCCAGGUAUCGGUUAUCGGCUGUCGUGCAAGACGGCAAUAGACAGAUGAUAGACCCCCCGGCGUAAGGCGUCUAGAUAGGAUCAGAAGAAAAGAAAAGAGAAUAGAUAACUAUUUGUUUCCGUACAUCGGAAGUCUAGCUUCCCUCUCCUAAUCGAGGCUUGACAACGACGAAAACCAACAUCCGGUGGCGAUAAAAAGAAAGCCAACAUGAUUUCUGCCCUGGCUAGUUAGACCCUAGUGUAUGUAUGUCUUUGUGUUCUUGUGUCCUUAGGAUUUGGGUGGUGAGGGUCAAUCCACUUGGGUUGCAAGGAGUUAUAGAAGUAUUCUGACAACCCUCCUCAUCGUCGUAUAUUCGCAGUAUAUAGAUAACACUUCCAACAUAUGGCGAAAGAGUAUAAAAUCAUGGAAAGAGACGACGUUGCUUUGAGGCUCUUUAAAUAUGUUUUUUGUGGAAUGUCGACAUGGAAAAUGACAACAUGGCGUGGGGGUUCCAGAGUGGGAUGUUUGUUACUUCAUCAGCAACUGAGCAUUGAUGCCGACGCCAGCGUGUUUCUUUCGAGCAGG